AUGUCCUCCUAUCGCGCGUUGAAAUCCAAACGAGGAGGAGGUAAAGGCAGAAAAAAUGAAACAACAACGACCACAACAAAGAAGUUAGAGGACAAGACUAUCGUGAAGAUACUCCAAAUCAUCGCGCACCGAUUGCGAGUGAACGAAGAAGUGACGAGUACGAGUGGUACGAGUGGUAAAAACAAUGCGUUGUUCAAGCACCACGCGGAAGUGUUGCACGGAGAUACCGAUGCUUCGUACACUUGGAAACGGAAAGCUUUGGAACUCGUAGAUGAAGAAGAAGAAGAAGAAGAAGAAAAAGAUGAAGAAGAUGAAGAUGAAUACACGCAAAGAGAGAGAAGAAGAGGGGGAAAAGAGCACGCGAAGCUCUUACUGGAAGGAUUAGAUUUGUUAACGGAUUGUCUGCUGACGACAAAGUUAUACGAGCAGUUCAUCACGGCCAUAGAGUCCACGGACCACAGAAAAAGUCAGAUAUAUAUAGUGACCGUCCUGUUGAAACAGUUUGUGCCGAAAGAACGUUUUGACGUUUUGAAAGAGAUUUGCGAGUUUGUCCACUCGACGACGUGUGGAUUCAACGCUAAAACCGGGAGUGUAUUCGUUAAGGAUAAAACUGCGUUGCGAUCUAUGGCGAGCGCUAUUGGGCCGAGAAUAUUAAAGCCAUCGCGAGAGAAGCGCGCGACGUCCCGGACGCGAGAAGAAGACGAGGCAUUUUUGGUCGUUUCUUUAAUGGAACUCAUCUUCGUAGACUAUUAUUCAAUCAUCACGGAUGCCGAAAACGAGAACCAACCAGUUUUUAUAGAGAACACGCGGAGUGAGAAGUUCGGGAACAAUAUAUAUUUUGAUACUUCUGUGAGAGCGUCCUCGUAUGCGGAAAUGUAUCUCAACAGCGUAGGGAUGAUGAACAGACGGGAUCCCCAAGUGAGGAAGAAUCGAACGGAUUAUGAUUUCAACAACAACCACAGAAAUAACAACGAGGAUGAUAUUGAAGACGACGAUGACGACGACGACGACAACCGCGACUCGUUUUCGUUUCGUCGCGAGUACUAUAGUAGUAACAAGAACGAUUUUAAAAGCAGUAGAAAAUUUGAAAUCUAUUCCGACGAUGGAGAGUACGACGAGGACGAUAUCCGGGAAGGUUUGAUCGACGACAGCAGCUUGCCCUCAUGGAUGAACGAAGCAAUAGCGGACAGGAAAGGUGGAAAACACAGGCGCGCUACUUUUGGUAUAUCUCCACCGUCCGAGUUUGAGGUGGAAGGUGACGACGAGAGCGAAGACAUCGACGAUGCGCUGCCGCCUUGGAUGAAUGAACGAGGCCUUUCUGCUUACGCAUCUCUUUCUCCAACCCCACGGUGGAUUAAAGAAAUAGUCGCUACUGGCGGAAAAUGGGAUUUGAACUCAGCGUUUGGGAACUACGAUGAAAGAAAUAGUGCGUUUGGUGAGAGUCUAAAGCGCGAAUUUGAUCCAAGUCGAUUCGAUAAAAUAUACGACGACGAGGAAGCGGAACGAUGCGACUCUGAAGCCGAGGAUUGGGAGAAGCACCGAGCAAAGCAACAGCGCAAACAACCCAUUCAGAAAGAUUCUAACGAACUUAGUAGUAGUGAAAACGAAGAGGAAUAUGUUAUCGACCAUUCUUUUGUGUCGGAAGAAGAAGAAGAAUUGACGGAGAGAAAGGUUCGUCGAAGGGGUACGAGGCGAGAAAAGGAAAGAGUUCAAAAGGAUGCACUGAUAGAUACCGAUUUAUUACUUGCAACAGAUACUAAGGAAGAUGAAGAAGAGUACGAGUACACAGACGGUGAAAGCUUUGAAGAUGACGACGACGAUGCCGACGAUACUGCUCAAAAAGUUGAAGCGUUACCGCCACCGGAAAACUUUGAGCCUUCCAAGUCUCGUCGUCGACGACGUAAACGUAAAGAUAUAACUCUGAAAAGAGAAGGUGAAGUAGUAACGACAAUUACCGCACCACAACUUCCGCCGCGUGAGGAUAUUACUAAAGGGAAUGAGCUCAAAAUCUACGAAGAUGUUGAUGUCGAGGAAGCUUCAGACGACGACGACGAUGAUUACGACGACGAAGAAGGUUCGAUUUGGGAAGACGCUAGUCAAGAAGAUGAAGAGUAUGACGACGACGACAUAUACGAAUUGCCUGAUCAGAACAGACAUGAUGCGGAAGAAAUACCUACUAAUACAAUUGAAAGUGGUGAGAUGAGCGUCUCUGCGCCAAUUUCGGCCAUUGUGGUACCGACUGCGGCACCAAUUUUGGAUGCGACGGGUAGGAGGAUGGUAAAAUCACCUAAAUCGGGAACUGCCGCGUCUGUGCCAGCAAUCGCUCGAUUACGAAUUGCAUCAUCCAAAAAUCGAAAGUUGAAGUCUCAAAGAAAAAUGAAAGGAGUUGAAGUAUCCGCUGUGGCGGAAGCUAUUCGACGGAGAGCAACGAAAACGUCGACGACGCAGGAUUCUAUCGAGAAAGAAGCUCCUCGAGAAUUGGAUGCGCAACAACAAAAGUCGGCUCAGAAGGUGCCACUUUCGCCUUCGAGAAAAGAAUCACCGAUAAAAACACCCAUUAAAGUAGCAGCAAUGGGUGAGGUUGGCGUCGAUGUGACGCCAAAAUCGAAUAAGAGUGUAAAAGUGAUAGAGGAUGAGCGACCGUCUUCAGUUGAGGCUAAAAUUGAAGCGAAUAAAGAGGAUGGUACAGAGGUGACAACACCGCUUCGAAUAGAUCCCAACACUACGAUGACAUCGCCGAAAGAGGGAUUGCGAAGCGAAGUGCACGGAGAAAGAGAUUUUUCACCACGAGCUGAGCUGUUCUCGUCGCUACCAACUUCUCCUACCGACGCUACAAUUACAACUCUUGACGAAGCCGUGCGUAGCGAACAAGUUGGUGGUGCGCAAGACAUGGACAGUAGCGGUUCCGAAGGCUUUUACGACGCCCUGGAAAAAAGUCUCUCGCCAAGAAGUAAGAAAAGUGGACCAUUGAUUGAUGCUUCGAUAUUACCGACCGAGCUUGAGUCGUCCCAGUAUUCUAGCGAUGUUCCGUUAUCGAAAGAAACCGAAGAAGCUUUGAUACAAAUGGCGAGAAGCGGGAAAUUGACUGAACUCUUGAGAGAUCUCCACGAAAUCAAAGAUGACGAUGACGACGAUGAUGCUUUGAUCGCAGACGGUGUAGAAGGUAAAUCGAAAGAAAAGUUCUCAUUACAGUCUUUCCAGGCAGAUAUCGAGACUAUUUUGAAGGGUAAACUCGCGAGAGCAAUCCAAGGAAAAGCCGAGAAGAUGCGCCGAAAGAACUUGAAGAAAGGAGAUAUUGCGGAAUUAUUACUUGUUGGAUUAGACAAGUCCGGUAGCGCCGAAGAAGAGGAAAUGAAAACAGGAGGCUUUUCCAAAAGUUCAAAUCUGCAUAAGAACUUGGUCGGAGAAGGUGUUCACGAUAUCGAAGCUGAAAUGAUACUAUCUCCCGUUGCUUCUCCGAGAGAGCAAAAGACCAUUGGCGGGGAAGAAAUCAAAAAAAUGCAAGACAAGCUGAGAUUGGAGGAAACUUUAUCGCCAGCAGAUGGCGAUUCUGGUAUAAAUAAAGCAAAGCAAAGUGGUAUUAGCGCGACACCGCCUCCGGCUCCUUCGCCUCCGCCGCGGAAGUUUUCAUCUGUUCCCCCUCCUCCGCCCCCUCCUCCGCCGAGAAAAUCGCCUCUAAAAGAAGCAAAAACGCCCCCAUCUGGACCUGCACCUCCACCUCCUGCUCCUCCUCCACCGCCGCCUCUACCCCCUCCACCCGGAGGAGUACCGGUAAAGAAGCCAGAAAAAAGUGGUGCAGCGCCUCCUCCGCCUCCGCCUCCUCCUCCGCCGGGAAUGGGUGGCGGGAAGAAAUCAUCAUCAGCGCUAGCUCCUCCUCCACCUCCUCCACCAGCACCGCCAGGCUUCAAGAAAGCAGAAAAAGGAUCGGCGCCUCCACCUCCGCCGCCCCCUCCAGGUGGAGCGAAACCGCUACAAAAAGUACCAAAAGCGGCUCUGCCCCCCCCUCCUCCCCCAGCACCGCCUGGUUUCGUUCAAGCGAAUUCGAAAGGAGCACCACCACCUCCGCCUGCCGGUCCAAAAAUUCCCGCACCUCCGAUACCACCUGGAAUGUCCAUCGCCGCUGUCGCGGCUGCGGCAAAGUUUGCAAAAAUUGCUCGCAAGAAAGUCAAAAUGCUCCACUGGGAAAAGUUGCAAGCCAUUGAAGGAACGAUUUGGGAAAAUGCGAAUACAGACGAUGCCAUCUCGAAGCUGAAUAUUGAAGAGUUGGAGACAUUAUUCGCGUUACAAGAUGCUGUUCCGAUGAAAAAAGCGAGCAGCGCAAAGCCAAAGUCUGUUUCGUUGCUCGAUGCAAAACGAGCUUUGAACAUCUCCAUUCAAUUAGCUGGAGUGCGAAUGCCAUUCGCAUCAAUUAAGCAAUGCUUCAUUGACAUGAAUAGCCCGAAAAAAUUGACAUUGGAGAAUUUGCUGACGCUCGUAACGGCAGUUCCGGAUCGGAAAGAAAUUGAAAAAAUUACCAAAUACAAUGGGGAGUUGGAAGAACUUGGAACGUCUGAGCAAUACUUUCUGCAAGUGAUGGGGAUCAAGCGCCUUGAACAACGAAUUCAGUCCAUGAUUUUUAAAGAGCAAAGCUCAACCAUGAUAAAUUCAAUAGCGCAAGAUAUCAAUCUCGUGAAACGUGCGGGCGAUGAUUUGAAAAACUCCAAAACGAUGGUGAAGCUAUUGGAAGGUAUUCUCGCGGUGGGUAACCAUUUGAAUGUUGGAUCCCGCAGUGGUUCGGCAGUCGGCUUCAGACUUGAAGUGCUCUUAAAAUUGGCUGAUGUAAAAGCGAUUGACAAGAAAACAUCGCUUCUGCACUUUGUGUAUCGAGAAAUGCGCAAAACGGUGCCAGGAAUCGAAGAUUUGAACAAAGAAUUGGAAUCGGUAACAGCGGCGGCGACUCUUUACUUGGACGGAACGUUCGACAUGUUAAAGCAAGUUAAAAGUGGGAUGACUUUGAUCGCUCAGGAACUUGAUUAUGCAUCUAAGCACCUAGAAGGAGAUGGUGGUGAUAUGUUCCAAAAGUACGUCGAUAAUAUGGAACCGUUUGUUUCUGAAACCGAAGAUAAAGUGAACGAAGUCGACAGUUUGGUUCGGGACGCGCACGACUUGUUGAAGAAGACGAGCGAGUUCUUUGGCGAACCAUUUAAAGCAGAAAAUUCUGCGCGAUUAUUUGGAAUCGUCAAGAACUUUUUACAAGUCUUUGAGAAGAUGAGAGCAGACGUAAAGGCGAGCGAGGCUGAAGAAAAGAGAAAGGUGCGCAUGGAAGAGUUUAUGAAUAAUAAAAAGCAGAAAUUCGGAGACGGGAAGAAAAAACAAGCACCCGUCCGCGAAUUAGAUGCAAGAGAUGCAAUGCUGAGUGAGCUGAGGAGCAAAACGAAGCUCGUGGCUCCUAUAAAAGUCGGUGGUGUUGGAAAGAAAGAUACGAGUCUCUCUCCGCGAAAACAACCGCGGUCGCCGAAGAAAAAACAAGCUUCAGACGGAUCGGACUCUCAUCACCUGGUUCCACACUCUCGCGCGAGCCUCGCAGAUAGACUCGGAAGGCAUAAAAAGAAGCAAAGCAAAAAUCCAGGUGCAUCUGAUGUGCCUUUGCCACCACUUCCUCCGCGUGUUGAAACAAAGGUGUCAGUCGUGCUCCCUCCACCACCUCCUCCACCGGCACCAAUCGGUUUUGUUCAGGCAAAUACAAAAGCGGGGCCUCCGCCCCCACCACCGGUUGGUCAUUUUUUUGAUAUUCCAUCUUCCUCAUCGCAACCAUCGAGUGCUUCAGCUUCAUCCGAAAUGGCUAAAGUCGUGUUGCCCCCAGCACCACCUCCACCGCCUCCUCCUCCAGGCUUUCAACAAGCAACAAAGGGGCAUGCAACGUCGGCGCCUCCUCCACCUCCUCCUCCUCCUCCGCCAGGUGGAUUUUUUACUUAG